AUGAAUUUGGAGCUUGAGCAGCGUCUGUACAAAUGUGUCAAAUGUUUGAAGAAGGGCUCAAAGGUAAGAAUAUAUUGAAUAUAUACAGUUUUUAACUAAAAAUAACUUUUGCUAGGUUAAAAAAUCUCUGAAACGGAUGCUGGAUAUCGAUCUGCAAGUCACUUUCCACGAGUACAACAUCGAAGAAGCGGUUUCACCGUGAGUUUUUACGGACAGAUUGACUGGAAAAUGAAAAGAUUUCAGUUAUCUCAACGACGAGGAAUACGGGCCACUCGCAAGGAGAGUGCUUGAAAAAAUGACCGAGUACAAACCGCAGCCGUGAGUUUUUGAUCGAUUAUUUUCAAGCUUUAUUAACUAUUCAGCAUAACGAAGGAAGAAGUAAGGUACGACAGAGACAUGAGCCCGGAUACUUAUGAGCCGAUGCCGAAGUUCGACGAUUCGGACUACCCAUGGGAGCCAACAUUCGAGGUUAAUUCAAAUUACAAUUUUUGUCUAAAGUCUUAUAAAUUUUAUUUCCAGGAAAAGCCAAAAAUUAAGGAAGAAAUGGAAGAAGUCAAGCCGUUGGCCAAAAAGCACAAAAAGAGGUCGUCUUCACCUGCUCCGGCGGCGGUGAGAAUGAAAUAACUUUUGACAUGAGUAUCUUUCGGGGCAUCAAUUUCCGGCAAGAGAUUUCUUUUGAUUGAAUGGCCAAAUGCGCACUAGCCGUGAUUGAAAGCAAUCCUGCGCUUGUUGCAAACUGGAAAUUACAUAUGAUUAAUGUUUUAUCCAUUAUUACAAAAUUUAAAAAGUUCUAUAGAAACGUUUCAUUUCUCACGUAAUAUUGGGUACCUUUUUGCUUGUAAAAAAAGCUCAAUUUUUUUCAUUCUUUUUUUCAAAAAGGCUCUCAAAAAAAUAUAAAAUAUGAAAGCGGGUUUUUUUCAAACCGCUUUUCAAGAUGAAUCAUGAAUAGCUGACUUUUUUUUCAAUUAAGAUUCAAUUUUCCAGAAAAAAACGAUAUCUUCCGGAAUCCGGCCAUUGACAGAAGAGGAAUUCGCGAAGGCCUUCGGAGUGGACAGCAAGGACUGCCAAAGAAAACGGCCUCCUCCUAAGAAGAAGUCGACGUUCGAGGCGGAAACUCUGGCUUCGUUAAGAAGUGAUUCCGAAAAAUUGGCUAUGAAAGUCAAAGUUGUCCCGGUCAGUUUUCAAAGUAAAUUAUUUAUAUAACUCACAAUUUUCAGCCACGUGAGCCGGAAGAGCCAAAACGUCCCAGACUGCAAAGUGAGAUUGAAUUUCACUGUUUUCCGGAUAUCUAGUAGAAUUGAAGAAAAAUUAUUUAAUAAAAGCAAAAAGAAAAAAAUGAAACCCUUGAAAAUAUAAAAAAAGUUAAUAAGUUUUCGCUUUUGCAGUGGCCGACGAGGACAUGUUCAAGCCGCGAAAAGAGCGUCAAAAGGUGUUUGCUGGGCGGAGGAAGGUGCAGAACACCAUGCACUCCCUCAUUGAGCUCAGCCAAAAUGCCCUGAGCACCAAGUUGAACGGUGAGGAUCAUUCUUUCGAAUCAAAAAUAAUAAUGAGCAUUUCAGCGAUUGGACAUGUGGGCUUGUGUCCCUACUUUCUUAUUAAGCCCGUGCUCGAGAAAAUGACGGCCGAGCAAUUGGAAAACUUCCUCGAGUGCAAUCCAGUGAGUUUCAACAAAAGAAAAAAGAUCUACAUUAACUUUUCCAGGGCCUCGAAGAAGAGAGUGACGAGCUCUUCAAAACUUUUGUGGAACGGCAUCCUUUGGGCAACACGGUCUUGGAAGAUGGAAAACCUGUUCGCUCAUGGAAGCGCAAGUACACCAAGUAUGUUUUUUGAACAUUAGCUACAAUUUUCUUCACGAAAGAUUAUUUUCUUAUAAAAAGUUCUGCAGACUUUGCAAGCUGGCCGCAAUGCAGAAGAACAAGGAAGGAGCGAAGUUGCAGUUCCUCACCGACAAGUUCCUGGAGAAGAAGGCCAAAAACUCAGACGUCGGGCGGAAGACUGUAAGACAUACUUAGUUGAGAAAAUUGGAAGAGUUUUGUUUUUAGAUGAUUCUAGAAGCGGCUCUUACUCCUAGAGAUGUGCGCCGGCGACAGAUGAAGCACGGGACGGUGACGACGGGAGUGUCGACUCCAUCGGCCAAAGAUCUUUCCUUCGCCAGGAAAGCCGUCGCUAACGGUAAACAAUCCAUAUUUAUUUUCACCUAAGUUUAGUUCAGAAUGAAGAAAGUUUUCUACACAAAACAUUCAUCGAAUUCAUUGGAAAAAAAAACUUAACUUUUCAUAGAUAACAGGAUUUUUCGUAGCGAAGCUGAAGAACCAAAAAAUAUCCCGUUUGAGGCAAAUUUAAAAACCAAGUGUCAACUGAGAAGAGUGGUUCUCAAUCAAUUUCUUUUUCAGGCGAUAAAUCCAAGCUUUCGGCUCUGCCCAGCACCGUCGUCAACAGGAACUCGACUUUGGGAGGGCGCACGGGCGACAACAAGCCAAAGAAACCGACGACUGGUCCUUUGAUGAAAAAGACCAUGAAGAUGCUCAACAUGAAGCGUCGCUAA